AUGGAUUCAAUACAAGCAAUAAUUCAGGCGGCGGCGACUUUAUCGAACAUAGAGGACGCAGACAAAGAAAGUCUACUUAGCCACCGCGAGGAGCUAGAGUCUGCGUAUCAACACUUAAAGGCUUUGUUACAAUGCUCACCGGCAACACAUGCAUCCGCUCCUCAAGAGACGUCGGCCUUUGAUGCUCCAAACACGCAGGCAGCAGCUUCCUCCCCUUUGGGAACAUUAACCAGCGAACCUUCAGGCACGCAGCCAGCGGCGCCUGAGGAUGUGGCUCGCAAGAAAACGGAAGAGUUCAUGAAAUCCCUAGACUCGCAUCAGGAGGAGAUAAAAGAGUUUCUCGAUAAUAUAAAGGAGCCUGUGCUAUUAAGCAGUACAGACUGGACGUUGGAAGACCCUUACAUAGUCGACAUAUCUUUCACCGACAAAAAUGCCCCACCUCUUGUUAAAUUCCGCUCGCUCUUAGGUGCAAUCGGUUUAGCAGAUGAGUACAUCGUAUGGGAAAGGGCUGAUCUUCAGAAAACAAAAGGAAAGAGAAAAAAGAGAAUCAACGCAAGAUUGGACGCUUUGUGUGAUGAUCUAAGCUCUGGCAACAAAAAGUCGUCUUGUUUCGAGAGGUAUGUGAGAGAAAACCCAGAUAAAUUCGACAAUAAAGAAAUGGCAAAGCGAUACACGGAAUUUGGCCUCAAGUAUCGCGUGUUCGGAAAGAUAUAUUCGUCACUAGCUAGGGUGCACUCGGAUGUCACUGAACCAGGCACGCACUAUGGUGUUCUGGGUCUAUUAUUUCUCUCAAAAGAAUUGUUUCGGCGUCUAAAAUAUGCUUACAUGCCACAACUUGCAAAUGCCAUACUAGUAUCCAAGUGGGCAGAGGUUGCUGAUGCAAAGGAUGAAUGCAUAUCUUCCUGUCUCAAGGCCAAUUACGAACGAGUCCGGAAAAUUCGGGAAACCAGAAAACGGAAACACAGCUUACAAACAUAUGACAGAUCUGAAGAGCAAAAAAAGCGUCAACAUAUAGAGGACCCUGUUUCCGGUAUUACUCGGACAGAUGUCAUUGGGGGUCCGUAUUUUGUUGAUUCACAAGGGUAUUCUCUCGACCCUACUUUCACCGAACCACUUCCGUACCCACCUGCCUUCGUUAGCCCUGGUGGACCACAGUACUUUCCAAGUUUAUCACAACCUCCCCCUUCUAUUGGAGAUUCGCUUAUAUCACACGAUAUGUCGUCAGAGCCACAUCCCCCUUCCGAAGGGGUUGGCCUGUCGCCUGGGGAGAUAGAAUCUGCAGUGGGAAAUUUUCUUUCUAAUCUGGGUAUGGAGCAAAACUAUGUGGACUCCUGCAACACAAACCCCCACACUGAUACUGCAGCUUGUGCUUGA